AUGGACGAGAUACAUCAGGUGUCUGGUUCCCCUCGCCGAAUCUUGCUUUUCGCGCAGCCCAGAACGACCUCAUAUUUGUUGACUCAAAUGCUCGGCCUCAGUAACCAACCGAGUGUCCAUUGGAAAUCAUCUGAAGUUUCCGUCUUUGCACCAACUGCAGAGCUCUUGAUUGGAUUGGAAGAUAAACCGGUGGAGCAGUGGACGGCUGCUGAAAAAGGCCGCAUCAGGGGUGGCUUCCAGCAGGCUUUCGAUGCUCUAGAUCGGUACCUCCGUGACGGGGAGGCAAAAGGCAAGAUUGUAUUUGCAAAAGAUCAUUGCAACCUAAUGUGGAACCCAGCUGCUGGGGAUGGUGGACGCAGCACCGCACCCGGGGAUCCUUACUUCACGGUUGGCCCACCCGAUGAAGUAGUCAACGAGAAACAGACGAUCCAGAACCCAACGGUUCUUCCAGACGGGUAUCUGGGCUCUUGGGUGCCCGUCUUUCUGAUCAGACACCCCGCUCUGGUGUUUCCCUCUUUCUGCCGAGGGGCGCUGGAGGUCGCCGUCCAAAGAAACUCCUGUCGCGACCGGAUGAAGAUAGGCAAGCACCUACGAGAGCAAAUGACGUUCUCUUACACUCGGUGUCUGUACGAUUGGUACACCAGCUAUUUCCGCAAGAUCGACGAAGAAGGCCGCGCAAACACAAAAGGCCCUAUCCUCCUGGAUUCGUUUGACCUCAUCAACGACUCCCGGCUGGUUGUUGUACUCGCGGAGGAGCUAGGGCUGGACCGGUCCAAGGUCCAAUUCUCAUGGGACUCGGACUCUUAUCCAUGUGCCGAUAGAAUGAAAAGGGUAUUCCGUCGUACUCUCAACGCGUCUACUGGCGUUAUCAAGGACAGGGCAAUUGUUGAUUCGAACAUGGUUGUUCUAGAGCAAAAAUGGAAGGAAGAGUUUGGAGACGAGCUGGGGGAUGUGAUAUCGGAUUGUGUCCGAGAUGCAAUGCCGGACUAUGAGUAUCUUAGAGACAAGAGGCUCCGUGUUGCCUGA